AUGAAAAACCAAGUUUUCCAGUACUUCAAAAGGUUACAUGCUAUGGUGGAGAGACAGGCUGAUAAACCUUUGAAGUGUCUUCGCUCAGAUAAUGGAGGGGAGUAUACUUCCCAUGAAUUCAAGAAUUAUUGUGUUGAGCAUGACACUAGACAUGAGAAGGUUGUACCUGGAACCCCACAACAUAAUGGUGUGGCUGAAAGAAUCAAUAGAACCAUUAUGGAGAAAGUGAGAGGAUCCAGUGGUGGUGCAUGCCUCCGGCAUUACCGCGGCCGCGGGGAAGCUGCGGUGCUUGCCGAAGCGGCCGUGUCCGGCGCUGAUGUGGCCGCACUUCUGCAGUUCUUCUUAAAUCCGGUCAUCAUCGGAAGUUGA